AUGCAAUCUAAACCAUCUGCGGCUACGGCUCCUACUCUCCUUUCGUCUUUGGAAGCCUUUCAGAAGCGCGAUGUGCUUCCGCCUGAUGUCGUUCACCCCUUCGCAACUGCAGCUCCUGAGACCUGCGCACUUCUUCAAGACUUGAUCAACACCACAGACCAAGUGUCGCGUUCUUUGGCCAUUUACGAGACUUCCACUCAGUGGAGUAGUACAAAGCUAAUCUCUCUUUUGCGACAACAUACCGCAAUCGAGCAUACGUCUUACUCAUCCACCAAAGAUGCCCAGAGUCUUAUCGAGACUUUGAAGGCGAGAAGAGGCGUGAGUUAUGGCGAAAGCGUCCCCUUACUCGCAUCUUCAAUACCCAAUUGGUGCAUUGAACAACUUGCGACUUGGGGAAAUACAGUAGGAAUGGAGACUUUCAAGGACGAUAGUCGACAAGGAGGCACAACCGUCGUCCUGGGCGGGAAAGUCCUCGUGGUGGACGUGGAAUUUACCGUUGAUCUCCACGAUCCUCUCAAGCCAACGCUCAGAGUUGCUAGUGUGAAGACUUCCAAUGCCUUGAACCCCAAUAGCUCCAGCCCGAGCACAUCUCCUCUGCUGGACUCGUUCCUUGCAGACUGCAUUGAAGGAUACUGUGCAGAAAUGCAGAAACCAGAAGAUCUCCGGGAUCCUCAACGCGCUUCGAACUUCCGUAAAAAUGUGCUUGACCACCUGCGUUACCUUGUCCUUCUGGAUGGAUUAGCAAGUCGAAAAGAUGACGGGGGCAUUAGAUGGUUCACGGACAUCGACGAGUUCUAUCCCACCUUGAAUGCAGUAGCAAAAAAUGAAGCCAGUUUUAUUGCUUCAUCCCUCUCGUUGUCGAAGGCUCCGCUCGAUAUCUUCCUCCUCAGAGCUCACUCAUUGCCAUUACCUUAUCUAAUGAUGCCUUCAAUCUCAUUCCUGACAUAUCUAUCACCCGCUGCCUAUCUCUCCCUCCUACGCAAAGCACCUAUUGCGAAUACUUCCAAGGUUGAGGACGACUGCCCUAUCGACUUCACUUUCAACGAUUUGAAACCCCAUCUAAGCUCCAUGACCAAAGGUGUCACCGUCGCCACACUCUUCUUGGACAAACUGUCGGAGGCUCAUCUAUACCCUCCCUCCAUGUCAAUGCCUGAUAUCACUGCACGGCCCUCCUUCCCACUUUCUCCUUCCGCUUCAGAAGUGGAUCAUCCAUUUCCACAACAGGAUGAUUUCGGCCUGCAUUCAGACUCCUCUCCUCCACAGCCGUAUACAUGGGUGCUUGACUUCACAGAAGGCGGAAAUAAAGAUGGUGUCGUGGUGAGUCAAUCACGGAUGAAGGCUAUUGAGCUCGUCGUCAACCCUCUAGGAGGAGACGAUGAUUUGAGCGGAGUGACCGACAUGCUGUCAUUUGGCACUGGGAGCUGGGUUGAUCUUUUGCUCAAUCCCAGAAAUCCUGUGUCUCCUGAGCGAUAUACUGCCCUUUAUAAAUCUCGGAAUUCCUUACACCCGCCAUUGCAGCUUCGUCUGACAGCCCCGGAAGAACCAGGCUUCUUACUACAACGCAUACCUGUACACAGCAUCAAAGAGGUCUGGGGAAUCCUAGAGGUUGUCAGAGAGCAGUCCUGGAUCAACGAAACUCUCCUAGGUUGUCACUGGACCACCGAAGGACUGAAGUCCGAGGAAGAAGACAUCAUUCCAGAUGAGUCAGUUGCAACUGAACAGGAACUUGAAGCAGUUUUAUCAGGCACUUUUAUGCCCCGAAAAAUACCAAUCACCGUGUUCCUUCCAUCUGGAAGUGCAACAGACAACUUAUUCGGGACAGAUCUGGACCUCCUACCUUUGUCAAGACCACGAAUCGUCAUGACAUCGCCGGAAAGACCACCAAUUUCGGGCCUAGUAGAAAUUACUGUUACCCACGAUGAAACCAAGCCUCGAGGAAUUUCUGUCGAGAUUCAAGGAGCCAUGGGUUCGGAUCUCAAACCUGUAGAUCUGGAAGAAAUUUGCCGUCGCGGGGGGACUUUCGGUCUGCCUGGGAGGAUCUGGGCAAAUGCGCAUGGUUCCAUCUCAUAG